GCUGGCUGCUAUAAAAGGAGCGCGUUCCGGGCUCACUGGACAGGAGAACGCACGAGACCGCAGAAGAAGAAGUUGUUGCAGAGGCGGAGCGCGCGCACAGCUUUGAAGACAGUUGGCUGGAUCCCGCCACUGCAUUUUUGACGCACGCACGCACGCACGCGCUAUGGACUACUGUUGAGCUCAGUGAAGAAGCAGCGCGCGCACACAACAGCUGCGGCUCCGGGCUCGAACCUUAGGCUGUGUUUUUGUUUCGAAGUCGGUUAAUUUAACGCAACAGUGAGUGUAGGUCGGUCCCACGGCGUCGCCAUGAUGAAGGUCCUGCUCCUCCCGGUUCUGGUGGCUUUUCUCGCCGUCGGACAAGUUUUUGGCGAGGAAAACGAGAUAAAAGAAGAUGCCGACUACUGGACGAGCACCAAUCAAAUUCAGGACGGCUGGCUUGCCAACGACCCCUUCAGAGAAGUCCUGCUGAGGAUGACGAGAAAGCCGCGGCCGCAUCAGUUCAUCGGUCUGAUGGGCAAACGCUCCAUGGCAAAUCCACAGAUCACCCGCAAAAGGCAUAAAGUCAACUCUUUUGUUGGACUGAUGGGGAAAAGAAGCCAAGAGGAGCCAGAAUCCUAUGACUGGAGCACAAUACGGACGUACGACCAGCGCCGCUGAACAGUCACGCCCCCCCCCCCCCAACCGCCUGCACCUCUUCUAGCCAUUCCUGAUCCAUGGGAGGGGUCCCUGAUGCUGGUUUUGUUUUCUCCAAACUGUGUAUAGCUGUUAGUUGAACACCAAUGGUUCUGUUUCCCCAUUGUAGUGAUGUAGCAGUGCUGUGACUGUGCCAGGUUAGAUGUUUUGUUUUUUAACAGCAGAAGGUAGACCAGGCGAGAGGAGGGCACCAGGGUUUCAUUAUCAAUGUUUCUGUGAGCCAUUUUAAACCAUCUGCCAUGCUACAAAGACUAAAUGUUACUGUGGACCAUCAACGCAGGGCUGUACCUCCAGGGUACGCUGAAAAGUGCACUGCCAACGUCACUGCAUAGUGCCUCAUGACGGUUUCAUCGCAACUGAUUGUUCUCUAAAUCCUACACACUGGGACAGUUUCUCACUUUGGCUUUCGAAUGACUUUAGAAGACCUGGACAUGUGGUGGAUUUAACAAAUGUAAUAGUGAUUUAACAAAUAUUAAAAUUAUUUUCUUUACUGGUUCAA